AUGUUGAGAUCGGGUACUCGUGUGACGAGUGGAAUUAGAAUGUUUGGCAAUUGCGCCAGGUUAUGCAAUAGCGGGAACUCUCCAAUCUUUGAUCCAUCACAAUUGAACCCCUUGAGCGGAACGGCCGCCGGUGCAUCUGCGGUCAACAGACUGGAGAUGAAACUUCCCAAGACCAACGAAACAACGCAGAGUAGAUCGCAGCAACGGCUGGCGGAAUCUUUUGUACUUUCUCCGAAGGAAGACGCAAUGGGCUCACGGUUGACUGGCGUCAAGGGAGGGCGUAGUGUGGAUGUAUUCAACGGCGACACUUCAGGUGCUUUCAGACAGCUAAACUCGAUAGUAUUCGCCAAUCGCAUCGCACAAGAUAGACGUAACCAGCGUUUCCAUCUCAAGCCCGGCAAGGCCAAGGAGCUGCGCAGAUCCCAGAAGCAUAGAAGAGACUUCAUGAAGGGCUUCAAGAGGCUGAUAGACAUCGUUAAGGAUGCCAAGAGAAAGGGUUACUAA